CUCAACUCCAACCAAAUGCACUGUACUCUGGACCUAUGAACACACAGAUACACACACAGAGACACACACACACACACACACACACAAAAGUUUUAAAAAAUUAAACAUGGAGUGAACUUGCUUCAUUUGUUCGGAGAUUGUAAGACUGCCUGAUUGGACCUGAAUUAACCAGAGAUGAAUGGAGCAGCUCUUCCCCCAGUGAUUCAGGCAGGGGAUGGGAGGACACUGUCCAGAGCAGAGUUCCUCUCAACACUGAACACCUACAACUGCUUCCUAAAGGACCACACUCAGCUGCACCUCAGUUACUUUAAGGAUGAUAGAGAGGUGGUGGUGGAAGGCUUCCUGAAUAUCUCCUGGGGAGUAAGGAGGCCCAUCAGGCUGAAAAUACAGGAUGAUAAACAGAUUAUCCCCUUUGCUCCUCUGACCUCAACCGACCCCAACAGUCCUGUCAGCCCAAUCGGAGACAAGAGGGGUAUGUCACGAUGGGGAGAAUACGUUGACCUUCACCAGAUAGAUGAGAUGGCUGAGACACCACAGGACACAGUGGUCACCAAACCUUUACCAGGUCCAGCUGUUUAUGAGACGACCACACUGCGUCCUGUGAGGCAGAAGAACUCCGAGCUGGAGGCCGAGUCCAACCUGUUCCGCUGUAUGAGUGAUGCUUCAUUGGUGAAGAGGAGGAGGAGCAGAGGGAAGUCUGCAGCACAAAGAGAGAAAGAAAGACAACAUCGCUUCUCCAUCAAUGGACACUUCUACAACUAUAAGACCUCUAUCUUCACUCCUUCCUAUGGCACACCAACUAAAGUCCGUAUUUCCAGCAGGAUGACCACAAACCAGGUCAUUGAACAGCUACUAAACAAGUUCAAGAUAGAGAACGAUCCCCAGGAAUUUGCUCUGUAUUGUGUUCACCAGAGUGGAGAAAAGAGGAAGCUCACUGACAGAGACCAGCCCCUAUGGGAGCGCAUACUACAGGGACCCUCCGAUGACAUAAUGAAGAUCUUUUUGAUCGACAUGGACGAAGAGGAAGUCAGCAAUGAUGUAGCCCAGUAUCUGAACUUGGAGCUUCCCAUCCUGGAGCAGGUUCUGCUGAAACUCAGAGAGGAGGAGAACAGAGAGAUACAGAGGGUCAUUAGCAAGUACCACCAGCAGCACAGAAUCCUAACCCGAAUGCUGUCCUGUAAGAUGCCACCUCAUAUUGAGACCAGUGUCUGACAACUGCAGAUCUGAAUCGUGGACACACGCCGGUCAUUCAUCUUAGCAUCACUUUGAGAACAAAAGGGUAGCUGUGGAGAACUUUGUACAUUUUGUUUUACAACAUCUUAGACUUUGUAGAUGCAAAAAAGCUCAGAUAUACUACACAUGGGAUGAAUAUUUUGGAAAACACCAACCAUCUGACAUAGUGACAUAAUACAUGGUUCUUUUCCAAGUCCUACAAACCAGAUUGCUUCUAUCAUUUUAACUCAUAAUAUGUUUUGUUUUCCUUUCUUUUUUAUAUCUGUGAAAUAAGUACAAAAUUAGUAUGUAAAAUGCUGCUGUAAAUACCUGUAAAUCAGUGAUGUGUGUUAAUAAAUAUAAGUUUGGGACCAGCA